UUAAACACGACCACUUCAGCGAAACCACUAUACACCGUUCCGUUUAGGUUCUCUCGGGAAAAUAGAGACUACUAGAGUGGGUUUUCUUUUGGAAACUUUAGAGAGAGAGAGAGUGAAAGUUCGAAGAGGAAGAAAAAACAAAAGAUGAGGCCUAAGAUCGUUCUUUUUGGCGAUUCCAUCACUGAAGAAUCAUUUGGCGACGGUGGCUGGGGAGCUUCUCUCGCCGAUCUUCUCCGCCGCAAGGCUGAUGUGGUGUUACGAGGAUACAGUGGAUAUAACACGAGAUGGGCGUUAAAAGUGAUGGAGAGAGUUUUUCAGGCAGCGGGAGACGGCGGAGCAUAUCCAUCGGCAGUGACUGUAUUUUUUGGAGCCAACGAUGCGUGUCUGCCGGAAAGAUGCUCGGGGUUUCAGCAUGUGCCACUUCUCGAAUAUAAACAGAAUCUUCGCUCAAUUGUUUCGUUUCUCAAGAAUCGUUGGCCACGAACGGUCAUUAUUCUUAUAACUCCACCACCAAUCGACGAAGAGGCUCGGCUCCGAUAUCCUUAUAUCGAAAACACUAUAGGCUUGCCAGAAAGAACAAACGAAGCAGCAGGAACAUACGCAAAAACGUGUGUAGCCGUAGCUAGUGAAUGCCAAAUCCCAGCGAUCGAUCUUUGGUCCAAGAUGCAGCAAAUUCCGAACUGGCAAAUUGAAUGUCUAUGGGACGGUUUACAUUUGAGUCGGGUCGGGAACAAAGUGGUUUUUGAAGAAGUUACAAAUACGCUUAAAGGAGAAGGUAUUGGAGCUGAGGACUUAGUUGUGGAUCUUCCCCUCAUUGAAGACGUUGACCCAAAGAAACCUCUCACGGCCUUUGAUGAGUUAUGAAACGUAUCGUUAAUCCUUCGAUUUAAUAAUGCCCUACUGUUCACACACACAAAAUCUGCUCUAAUUGAACUGAACUAUAUUUAAGUUUUGCUUAAGUUUGAUAUUAGGGGUCACAUACGUAAACUAUCAUAUCAAAAUCUUUAUAAUAGUAGUAGUUUUCCAACUACACGUUUAUGCA